AUGGUCGAGACAGUAGUGGUAACGCGCAACCUUUUCGCUUUGUUGGUUCUUGCCGCUGUACCUGGAUCUGUAUAUUUCCAUGGCUGGAAUGGGCUUUGUGUAAGCCUUGGCUGGGGCUGUUUGGGUGCGCUCGUGAGCGUGUACGGCCUUAUGAAAGGGGUGAAGUUGCGCCAUCCAAAGUUAAAGCUGGGCGGUGGCAUUGAUGUGUCGCUUACGAAGUACCUCUUCUUUGUCGUUGUCACAGGCAUUGCUGCUUGUGCAGUUGAGAGCUUGCUCGUGGACUUGGAGAACACUGGGAAGCGAGUAUCCUUCAUGACAGGAGCAAAUCUCGCGGUGUUCGUGGUGGCUGCGUUGCUCGGCCUCAGUGUCAAUGCCGAAGAUGUUGGCCUGAGUGGGCGUGAUUAG